AUGACUAUGUCGGUACUUGAGUCCCUACGGGUUAUUAUCUCAUCAAUCCCAAUUAAAAAGGUCGUGGAAGCCUUUCUCAUACUCAAUGUCUGUAUAUGGCUUGGUAUCAUAGUCUCACGGAAGUGGGCUUCUAGAAGUAUAGAGAAACCCGCAGGUGUGAGAGGAAAGGUUACCAGGCCACCGGGUGAAUGGACUCCAUCAGACUUCAAACGGCCAACAGCAGCCCCGUACUCAGGAUGGGAUGUGCACUCAACAAAGCCAAUUCCCUACCGGCCCUUUAGAUACGGCCCAAACUACUACGUCACGCUGGGUCUAAGAAGCAUGAAAUGGGACGAAUGGAUCGAGCUCGACAACCACUAUCUAAAAUACCACGCCGACAAAGCACUCCGCAUCAAAGAGCGCGGGAGCAAAUGCUGCCAUACAGCACCCGAGGCAAUGGAUGCGGCAAUCGAACUGCUCGAAGAACUAUGCGCCUACCUCCCCGAAAGAUACCCAAGCAUGUUCACCAAGACCGCAAUGGGCAUAACCAACAAAGUAACCAAUGAAACCUUCAACAUAACCCAACGCCCACUGCCAGAAGACCCAAUAGCAACAGCAGCGCGACUGGUCCAAGACGACCUAGCCAUAAUGAUCGAGCGUCCAGACGGCGAAUACUACCUACUAGCCGGCGCAAUUCUGCUAGCCGGGUUCUGGCGCCUGAGCGACAAAUUCGGGAUGCGACUAUCUGAAAUCCACACAUCGGGCGACGUACCGCAGUUCAAAAGCAAGCUGGAGAAAGGAAUGAUGAAUUUCUUCCGACGACUCAAGCCCGAAGAGCCUGUUCUGCGGAACAACUAUUUCAUCCAGGUUGACGAUAACCUGGCGUGGUCUGGUAGUAUUGGGUCCGAGGAUGCGGAGACCGUGUCGUGGAAUACGGCGGAGAAGAACCGGACUAUUGAGAAUCAUUUCUUCCGUUCGGAGAGGCAGUCGUUGAGGAGAUUGCCUAGAUCUGGGGCUGUGGUUUUUACGAUUCGGACUUAUUUUGAGCCUAUUACUGGUAUUGUGGAGGAGCCGUAUGUCCCUGGGCGUUUGGCGGAUGCGGUUAGGAGUUGGGGGGAUGAUGUUAGUCGGUAUAAGGGGAAGGAGAAGUACCAGGAUGUUUUGUUGGAGUUUUUGGAUGAGAAGCAUAGAGUGCAGAUUGAAGGGGGGUUGGAUCUUGAGAAGGAAGAUGAGAUUAGGAGGUAUCCUCUUUGA